GUGGGAAACAGUCGCAUGAACCCAGGAUUGGUUGUUGCGGUGUGAACGGGAAGCUGUUUGUGUCAUCAUAUUCCCUGCUGGAAGGGCUGGAAUUGAGAGAGCAGCAAAGUGACUGAGAGUGGUGAAGAUGAUCCCACUGCUGGGUGAAGAUGAUCUCGCAAAUUCGGGAACGCUGUACUUCAAGAAGGUUGGCAGUGCCGUAUUCUACGGCGUGGCAUCCCUCAUGAUUACCGUGGUGAAUAAGAGUGUCCUCACAUCGUACCACUUCCCGUCCUUUCUGGUGCUCAGCCUGGGGCAAAUGUUGGCCGGGAUUGCUGUGCUGUACGUGGCGAAGAAGUGCAGAAUAGUCACAUUUCCCGAUAUGACGCGUGAUACCCCCAGGAAGCUUUUCCCACUACCUCUCCUCUACAUGGGAAACAUGAUUUUUGGCCUAGGUGGCACACAGGCCCUAAGUUUACCCAUGUUUGCUGCCCUUAGACGCUUCUCCAUACUCAUGACGAUGCUCCUGGAGCUGAAAGUAUUGGGAAUAAAGCCCAGCAUACCCGUUCAAGUGAGCGUCUAUGCGAUGAUUGGUGGUGCCCUAUUGGCUGCAAGUGAUGAUCUCAGCUUCAACAUGGAGGGGUAUACAUUCAUUAUGAUCACGAAUGCCCUCACGGCCGCCAAUGGUGUGUACGUGAAGAAGAAACUCGAGAGUGUUGACAUGGGCAAAUAUGGACUUAUGUACUACAAUUCCCUCUACAUGAUCCUCCCAGCUCUCAUUAUCACCUGGGCCGUAGGGGACCUCGAGAAAUCCUUCGCCUUCCCCAUGUGGACAGAUAUGCUCUUUACAACGCAAUUCCUUCUGUCCUGCAUUAUGGGCUUUAUCCUCUCCUACAGUACCAUCCUCUGUACGCAGUACAAUUCAGCCCUCACAACAACCAUCGUUGGAUGCCUAAAGAACAUCAGCGUAACGUACUUGGGAAUGUUUGUUGGUGGAGACUAUGUCUUCUCAUGGCUGAAUUGCAUUGGUAUCAACAUUAGCGUCCUGGCCAGUCUUCUCUACACCUACGUCACAUUCCGACCCAAGGAGACCCCACGAAAGAUUCUGCCUGAGAAAAUUGAAUCAGUGCAUACGCACACCAACUCCUCGAGAUCCGACAUUUUAAACGGUUGUGGUUUUGCUUUGAGUCCGUUUCCGGAGCGCGGUGAGAGGCGUCCGUCGAAGCGCCGUCGGUGCAGCCCCUACGGGUCAAAUUCCAGUGCCACUACCACCACCAUGAGCCCCACUGCUCGCGAUGCGGCAUGCGGUUGCUCAGCCACAGAGCCAUCGUCAUCCCCAUUCGCCAAGAUACCCUCCUACCCGAUUCUCACGCCCGAGAAAAUGGCCCAGACCGUUCAUGAUGAGAUCAAGAGACUCCACAGGACGAAGCAACUGUCCGCAGUUGCCAUUGAGCGGAUGCAGGACUCAGAGUCGAGUGGUUCGGAGAUGGGUUCAGACAGCCCAAGGCGUCCGGAUACACCGCCAGUGAAGAAUCCGGAUAAGGCUCUCUUCACAUUUAAACAAGUACAAUUGAUAUGUAGUCGCAUGCUGAAGGAGCAGGAGGAGAAGUUACGUGAGGAAUAUGAUCUCAUUUUGACAUCGAAACUUGCUGAGCAACAGAUUUUUAGAAGAAUCCCAUCGUGGGGGAUCCUGAAGCAUUUGCAGGGAUGUCGAAGAUUGUCAGUUGAUGCUGGAAAGACGUUCGAAGAGGAAUUUUACAUGAAUAAAAUUCCAGUUACAGAAAUUCAGAAGAAGGUUCUCUCAAUUGGAUCUUCCGUUGCUUCACUCCUUGAUCCAAGAAGGCACGACAUGAUAGCGUGUUUGGGUGAGACGACGGGUGAAGUGGCUCUGGGGCGGAUUCACAAAGAAAUGAAAUCAUGCGAGGAGGGCCUUCAAAUCCUCGACGAUAGACCACGCAUUAAUUCCCGAACAAUCAACCUCGAGGCUCUGGGGAAACUCCCAGUGGAUUCUUUUGGCUAUCACUACUGGAAAUUCUUGUGUGACAAUAAGGUAACUCCUGACUCGAGAAUGGAAGUGAGAUUCCUGGAGGAUGCGCAUCUGGCCUAUGUGAUGACGAGGUACCGUGAAUGUCAUGAUUUGAUCCACACAGUCCUGGGAAUGCCAACGAAUAUGUUGGGAGAAGUGGCUGUUAAAUGGGUGGAAGCAUUGAAUACGGAUCUCCCCAUGUGCUGGGGUGGAGCAAUAUUUGGUGCAGCACGUCUAAGGCCAAAGCAACGGAAAAUGUACGUUAGUCACUAUCUUCCUUGGGCACUUUCCGUGGGUAAAUCUGCAAAGCCCCUUAUGCUGGUGUACUGGGAAAAGCGCUGGGAGCAGAAAAUUGAUGAUCUCAGGAAUGAAUUGAAUAUUAAAGUCAUUGAGAUCGAGGAAAAACCAGGAAAACUGUGAAAAUUGACCGUUUAUUUGAAUUAGAAAAUAUUUGAAUUUGAUUGUGUGAUUUUUAUAGU